AUGUCAAGUAUUAUCGCAACAUUUCAUAAGAUUCCGGUUCAAGACGGUGCGAAGGUUUGGUACCGUGAAGCAGGUGUAGCAGGUAACCCCACAAUAGUAUUGCUACAUGGUUUCCCUUCCUCCUCCAACAUGUUCAGGAACCUCAUUCCUCUACUAGCUUCGCAGUUCCAUGUUAUAGCCCCAGAUUUGCCUGGGUUCGGGUUCUCAGAGACGCCGGACGACUACACGUUCAGCUUCGACGCUUUAAGUGAUACUGUUGGAUAUUUGCUUGAUGCUUUGAAGAUUGAAAAGUAUUUCGUUUAUAUAUUUGACUAUGGUUCUCCGGUGGGCUUCCGCUUAGCCUUGAAGAAUCCCUCUAAAAUUACGGCUAUUAUUUCUCAGAACGGUAAUGCUUAUGAAGAGGGUCUGGAUGACCGCUUUUGGGGUCCCUUGAAAGCGUAUUGGAAAUCGUAUCAGAGUGAUCCAGCGUUUGUUGAAGCUCUGUCUUCCUAUGUUCAAGAUCCGGCCAAUGUCAUUUCUCAGUACCAUGAUGGAGUGGCAGAUAUCGAGGCUGUUGAUCCUGCUGCUUAUACGUUGGACAUUGCGCUAAUGCAACGCACCGGCCAGACUGACAUUCAAUUGGAGUUAUUUUUUGAUUACCAGAAUAACGUAAAGCUGUACCCAGAAUUCCAACAAUUCUUAAGAGAUUCAAACAUCCCUGUCCUGGUUGCCUGGGGCGCAAAUGACACUAUUUUUAGUGUUGCCGGAGCUGAAGGUUAUCGGAAAGAUGUAAGUAAUUUGAAGAUUGUUUACUAUGAUACCGGCCAUUUUGCGCUUGAGACUCACGUAGUUGAAAUUGCCGAGGAAAUCAUCAGUAUGUUAGGGGAAGAUUCAAGACGCUAG